AUGUGGUGCAAUGUGGUGUCCCAAGACUUCAAUGAAGUCGUUGAUAACCGCAACUUACUCAAAAGGCUUUUUCUGGGUCUUGCAUCUCAUAGGGGCGGUUUUGACGUUAUUCCCUUCCGUUUCGAGGCAAGAUUUUGCAUAGUUGAUGCUUUGAGGAUCUUUUUGAGCAUGCCUGUGGAUUUUAACAAAGGUAAACAAUUUAAUCCAAUAUCAGCAUCAAGUGAUUGCAUUCCUCCGCCCCCACUGAAUGCGAAACAUGACCUCCAAUACCUUGAUAUUUCAAAAGCUGAGGAUUUGCUAUCUUCUGCCGCUCCCAGUGUAUCUCCAAUCGCGUCUCUUUUGAAUCCCAACGAACCGGGAAAUGCAACCGACUUUGUCUCCAACUGUGACGGAUCCAAGCAUGGUUUUCCUCCCCAAUUGCACCCGGAGUUCCCUCAUUCGCGUGUUCAAGAUCUUCCUCCUUCCAACCUGAAUUUGCGCUAUCGGAAUAUGCUUAACUUUCCAAAGUAUCUAUCCAGGAGAGGCUUAGCUUUUGAAAAGAGGAUCAAACGCUCUGGUAUCAGCACUGAUCCCGUGUACGCUCUGACGCUAUUACGAAGACUUAUCCAACCAUUCAUAAAUCGUGAGAUCGACGCAAUUAUAAAAAAAUAUACUAAGGACUUCCUCUCCAUCGCGAUCGAAAACAUCCGCUACAAUUUGGGAAGAGGUGCCGUAUCCGAAAAUGAGUUGCAGCAUCUGCAGUACAGCAUCAUGAUGGAUGCAAUAGCUCAAUACCGAGUCACCAGCGUCGAGUCGCCGUGCCCUCAGGCUGACGCAACUCCGACAAUCGCGGUGCCCUGCGCACCCACCGAAUAUCCCUCCCCCACCGCUGUCGCUGCAUCCACCCCAGCGGCGGACCUUCGUCGUUCGGUUCUGCUGCGGAGCUCUACACGUCACCUGCGCAGGCAUACUCUGAGCAGCUGCGGCGACAGCAGCCUCGCGCGUAGCCCCUCGCCCCUCUCUGACAAUGCUGGCCUCAUGCUUCUGCCCGACGCUGACGCCUCUCCCUCUCCUCUUCCUUCUCUUGGUGAGGAAGGGGACGGAGGUGCAGGCGCAGGGGGUCGCUUGACCCCUGCAAAGAGACGGCGGAGGUAUGGCGAGAAGGUGAACUCCCUACAGGUCGGGUUCCUAGACAACGCUGUCUCCUUGAACGGAUCUAUUAUUGACGGUGAUCCUUCGGUGGUUGACGUCUUGGGACCGUUGGAGUUAGAACUUCCGGACAACGCCAGUCGAGGGCAAGGCUCAUCGAUGGCUUCGGAGGCGGCAAGCAACGCGACCGCCCAUUCCUUUCACCUUGAUGGCCAUCUGCCGCCGCACCUCCUUGCCAGCGACUCUUUUGCCCUGGGAUCCUGCGCCAACGCAUGGCUUGGCUUGGGGGCAGCACGUGGGCGCAUUUACUCGAAACAUCCGUGGAUAUUCCGUUACGCCUGCGACCGGGAGGACAAGUCGUGGCUGUCGAGGGCGGGCCACUUACCCAAUUGCGGCGCGAAGGCCUUCCUUGUCCUUGCUAAGCAAGUCCAUGAGGUUGCAGCUAUGGACGACAGCCUUUCCGCCACCACCGCUCGCCAGCCCUUACCUCAGUUCACUCUGCCCCCUUGGCUCUUCCGAAAGGUUUACGACUCAACCAUGACCCGAGCAAACACGUCCCGAAUGGCAGCCACCAAUGCACCUGGUCCGACUUCACACCGACAAUUUACAAACAACACCUCCUCCACGCACCACCAGCCUACGGUUCAACGAUCCAACUUCGUCGACCAAUUCGCAUUCACCGAGGAAGAAGAGGAGGUCAGCUGCCACUCCAACUUCUUCAAUGGCGGCGUUCAUACACCACUCUGGCCCAACGGUGGAAGGAGUCCGCCUCCGCUGAGGAAUGGACGAUCUUACGCUACUCCACCGGACGCAGUUUACAAGUCUGACCGUCAAAGUGGGACCGGCCUUAAGAUCGGACACCUAUGA